CUAUUAUUAGGUCUUGCAUAGUCGUGAAAUGUUGUGUGUAUGUCCGUCAAGUAUUUACUAUAUCGUCACUCAAAACUGUUAAUCUAAUUGAAAACACCAUUUAUAAUUGGAAAUUGAAUUGGGAAUUACGUGUGAGUUUGACUGUACUUUGAACAAGUCUUUGAGCUCUGCUUGCUCUUCGCCAACGGACACAAUUCCUUUGUGCUCGUCCAGAGCACAUAACCAGAUCAUGGCUGAACCUGUUCCUAUUCGUGUUCUUAUAGACGAUGGAACGCCACGAUUGCCUCUGUCUUUCCGCAUUCAACUCUCUUUGAGUGUUUUACGCUUUAAACAGAUGAUAGAAGCUCAGGAAGGAUUUGGAGUAAGCGAACAAGAAUUGUUUUUUCAAGGAAACCAGCUAUUAGAUAAUUUAACCCUUGGUCAACAAGGAGUCGAAGAAGCCAGCCAUUUAGAUUUAAGAGUAAAUUUCUCAGAAAUUCCUUCGCCGACAAGAAAGAAGGGUAGUACGUCAGAGUUGGAAGACUGUGUUGUACCAGAUAUUGAUGAUGAAGAUAAUGUUUUCAAUUUUGAACAGCCAAGAGUACCUCCAGACCCUCGAGUGUGGACAAAAUGGGAUGUUCUAGAGUGGCUAAAAUGGGCAUCAGAACGCUAUAAUGUGCGGGAUGUAACAGCUGAUAAGUUUUUAAUGAAUGGUAAAGGCAUGUGUAUGCUACCACUAGAGGGUUUUGUAUUCAGAGUACCAAGAGGAGGAGAAGCAUUAUAYCAAGACUUUCACAAACGGUUAUCUGCAGCAAUUGAACAGUCACGUCACUUACAGAGUUUAAUGARUAGAAGUCGGAAUCCUUCUGGACCUUCGAAUUUUUACUAUGUCUAUUGAAAGGCAAUGCUAUUUAUUUGUAUAGAGAUAUGGCAAAUCAUAUGACAGUGUGUACAUUUUAUGUGCAUUAUUUAAAAGAAGCAAAGUUUUAAUGUACAUAUUAAUAUAUAGAGAGAAAGGUUGCACAAUUGUGCUUUGUGAGCAUUGUCGUCUAGAAUUACAGGAAAGAUUCUGAUUGGAAAUUUUAUCUGCAUUUAAAAAAUUAUCAACUUACCACAUGCUAUUUCCUGUCUUAUCUAACUGAUUUGUGAGUAAAACGUAAUAGACCUAAACAUACCAAAACAUUCUCACUAUAUCCUUGUACCAAUUCAUGAAUGAAGAAAAACUCAGAAAACUUUGRARUAGUGUAUGGUCAGUUUAGUUUCAAGACAUGCAAAUCKUCAACCUCCAAAUCACUGUCAAGAAAUAUUCAAUAGGUUAUGAUGGCUCCAUAGGAGUCUAGUAAGUUGUUGUGAAAGAUUUGAAUGAUACAGUGGUGUUUAUAUUGUGUUGUAAUACUGCAGAAAUUAUUGAACAUAGGCGUAUUUGUGAUAUGAAUUGCAUAAUAAUGGUGCAAAUAAUAUAUUUGGAGGAUUUUAAGUAACACAGGUGCUAGGAUAGGAUAAUGGGAACUUUCAUUCUUAUUGUCACUUGCUCUGAAAGCGUAUAUUUUAUGCCACAAACUCUUGUGUGUUUUUGAAAAAACACUAAAUGUUUUCCAAAGCAGAUUAAUAGACAUCUGAGACAUGCAUACAUACAUCUUGAGUGAUUUUCUUUGGACUUCAAAUGGUAGUGUCAGUAACCUAAUAGAACCCAAGCCUAUUAUAACAAAUGUUGUUUUAAUCUUUUGAUGRCUUAUGACUAUUAGAUUCUGGUAACACAUAAUUGUAGUACUGUCCAAUGAAAAACAACUCAGUCCAUAAAGUUACACUGGUUUUAUUAUUAAAAAAUGGUAUUACUGAAAA